UCUUGGUUUUUAAUAUUUAGCCAGGUAUUUUAGUGUAACGAUUGGAGUUUUUGUUUCAAGAUAGCUUUUUGGUGAUCAAGUUGAGAUUCUUAUUGGGUUUUGAUGUUAUUUUCUACUUGGGUUUCUUCAUUUUUGUCUUUAGAAAAUCUUUUUGACUUCAUUUGUUGACAUUCUCAUAUAAACUGAUCUUGGUUUUAGUAUUUGGCCAUGUGUUAAAAGCGUAAAAGGAGGGGAAGUCAUCAAUUUGAGGAUUAGCUGUUUAAUCCCAUUUGGUUUCUUGAAGGUUGCUGCUUUUUUAACCGUUAAUUCGGGGUUGCCAAGAUGAUGAUGUUUGAAGAAAUGGGGUUCUGUGGCGAUCUUGAUUUCUUCCCUGCUCCGCUAAAGGAAGUGGAAACAGCUGCUUCGCAGAUCGAGCAGGAGCAGGAGCAGGAGCCGGUGAUGGAUGAUGAUUAUAGCGAUGAGGAGAUUGAUGUGGAUGAGCUGGAGAGGAGGAUGUGGAGGGACAAGAUGAAGCUGAAAAGGCUGAAAGAAAUGACUAAGGGGGGUAAGGAAGGUGUUGACGCUGUCAAACAACGCCAGUCUCAGGAGCAAGCGAGGAGGAAGAAGAUGUCGAGGGCACAAGACGGGAUCUUGAAAUACAUGUUGAAGAUGAUGGAAGUUUGUAAAGCUCAGGGUUUUGUUUAUGGAAUUAUCCCGGAGAAAGGGAAACCGGUUACCGGGGCAUCAGAUAAUCUCAGGGAGUGGUGGAAGGAUAAAGUGAGGUUCGAUCGAAAUGGACCUGCAGCCAUAGCAAAGUACCAAGCUGAUAAUGCGAUUCCGGGCAAGAAUGAGGGAUCUAAUCCGAUUGGUCCUACCCCUCACACUUUGCAGGAGCUUCAAGAUACCACUCUUGGCUCUUUAUUAUCAGCUUUGAUGCAACAUUGUGAUCCUCCUCAGAGGCGAUUUCCGUUGGAAAAAGGUGUUCCACCUCCGUGGUGGCCCACUGGACAGGAGGACUGGUGGCCUCAACUAGGCCUGUCGAAAGAUCAAGGUCCUCCGCCUUAUAAGAAGCCUCACGAUCUGAAGAAGGCGUGGAAAGUUGGUGUUCUCACCGCGGUGAUAAAGCACAUGUCCCCUGAUAUCGCUAAGAUUCGUAAGCUGGUAAGGCAAUCAAAGUGUUUGCAGGAUAAGAUGACGGCCAAGGAAAGUGCAACUUGGCUUGCCAUUAUCAAUCAGGAGGAAGUUUUGGCUCGAGAACUUUAUCCUGAUCGUUGUCCACCUUUGUCCUCAGCUGGUGGUAGUGGAACUUUUACUAUGAAUGACAGCAGUGAGUACGACGUUGACGGUGUUGUAGAUGAGCCUAACUUUGAUGUUCAAGAGCAAAAACCAAACCAUCUCGGUUUGCUGAAUGUUAAUGUUGAUCGAUUCAAGGAGAGGCUGCCUAUGCAACAACAAUCUCUUCCAAUCAAGGAUGAAAUUAUGAUUGCCAACUUAGAUUUCACUCGGAAGAGGAAGCCAGCGGAUGAGCUGACUUUCUUGAUGGAUCAGAAGAUAUAUACUUGUGAGUGUCUUCAAUGUCCGCACAGCGAGCUCCGCAAUGGUUUUCAGGACAGAUCCUCCAGAGACAAUCAUCAAUUAACUUGUCCUUUCAGAAACUCUCCGCAAUUUGGAGUUUCAAAUUUUCAUGUUGAUGAAGUCAAGCCGGUUGUCUUUCCUCAACAAUAUGUCCAGCCAAAGCCAGCUUCUCUGCCGAUUAACCAAGCUCCGCCUUCCUUUGAUCUGUCAGGAAUCGGGGUUCCUGAAGACGGGCAGAGGAUGAUCAAUGAGCUUAUGUCGUUCUACGAUAAUAAUAUACAAGGAAAUAAAAGCUCAAUGGCGGGGAACGUUGUGAUGUCAAAAGAGCAGCCUCGUCAACAACCUAGUAUUCAACAGAACAAUUACCUACACAACCAAGGGAUUAUAUUGGAUGGAAAUAUCUUUGGGGACACCAACAUUUCUGCUAACCAUUCCAUGUUCCCACAAGGUGAUCGGUUUGAUCAGUCCAAGGUUUUAACUUCACCAUUCAAUGCAGGCUCUAACGACAAUUUCCAUUUCAUGUUCGGGUCUCCAUUCAAUUUACAGUCCACUGAUUACACUGAAGCUCUUUCUGGGAUUACACAGGAUAACAUGCCGAAGCAAGAUGUUCCGGUUUGGUAUUAGCAAAGGAUGUGUGCUCAAAUGUAUAUCAAGUACCACGACUUUGUGCACAUGGAUAUCACUUGUUUCCAAGAGGGAAGAUCUACACAUUAUCGAGUGGAUUUGAAUCGCCUACAGUUCUCUCGGUUUGGUGUUUCUGUUACUACGUAGUUGUAGAGGUUGGAGGAUUCUGCAUGGUGUAAUGAAAAAGGUGUAAGAGACGUCCUCGGAUAUUCGCCAUGCUGGUUAGAAAGAACUUAUAGAUGUUUUUAAAUAAGGUAGUCGUCGUUUUGUUUUUACAUAAUUCUGUAUAGGUUAGCUUUAUUUGAGAUUUCAAUCUGUUUAAGUUUCUUAAAUAACUGUACUUCGUCGAUGAUUCGUGGAAUUGUGAACUCUUUUGUGCCUCUGGCUGGUCAAAGUAUAAACUGUUACAAUUCUCUGCAGCUGCAGUUUUCUUCUUGUUAAGUACUUUUUUGAGAGGUGAUGGUGGUUGUGUAAUGUAAAGCCAAAGCUGUGUGAUAUGUUUUAGCAUCCUAUAUGCAAUGGCUUAAGAAUAAAGUGUUUUAUCCAA